AUGCAGCUUCAAGCCAUCACCGCGGGGGUACUUGCCCUUUGCGCGUCUACACUGACAUUGACUGCAGCCUCGAUCAUUCCGCCACAGUACCUGAACGAGCAAACAAUCUUGAAUGAAGCUGCGUCAUCCAGUUUCUUGUUAGGCACAGGAGAUGCCGACGAAGGAAGCCAUCUCCUCAGUCGUCCAUCCUGGUUCGAGUCAGCUCUUCUCGCGCGCCGUCUUCUCGCGUUGUCCCCCUCUGGUGUUGUUUCCACCACUUUCCCCGACCACAUCCCCGCGUCAUCUCGCACGCCAGCCGAGGUCGCGGGGUUUCCCAUUGGAUUACGCGAAUACAUCGCCGACUGUGACGGUGUACUUCCCGACAAUCUCUCCCACGGGGGUGAUGACGGCGAUCCCACCAUCUUGGCUCUUCGGGUGGCCACCACAUUCCGCAAUAUCGGAGCUGGCUCCAACCUCAGUCUCGAGAUUGACUGGUGGGAUCAUCUCUCCGAUGCGGGCGCCGUGUAUCCCGGUCUGCCGGCGAGCCCGGCAGCUCUCCCACGCGUCACCCUUUUUGGGUAUCUUGAUCCAUUGCCGGUUGCGGAAUUGUCACGAGGCGACACCGCAGCCCGUCUAGAGGAGUGUUUUCUGAAGUCCCAUCCCGAUGCAAAGUGGUGGUUACCCGGGGCUGCGAGGUCGCCGCAUUCGAGUUUCUGGGCGCGACUGGUGGUCACGCAAGCGUACUGGAUCGGUGGGUUUGGAGAUGUUCAACAGAUUGGGUGGAUCAACAUGACGGAGUGGAAGGGUAUUCGUCCCCAGCGGAGUCUGGAUGGGGUGGGGGAUGGACGGGGAUGGGAAGAUGUGCGACUGCCGGGGGAGAAGCAUCACAAGGAUAAGAAGCAGCAGCAGCAGCAGAAGACGGGAAAGAAGGGAAAGAAGGAUAAGAAGAAGAAGACGGACUAG